GCAGUGUGUGCGCGGUCGCGCGGUCUGGCCUGGCCUCAGUGGCGCCGACGAGUGGGCGGAGCGCGUGCGCGGUGCAGCCGGAGGGCGUCGUGAACGUGAACGUGUACGUCGUGUUGUGCCCUGACAAUGACGGAUGGACGCCGUGCCUUCAGUGCCGUCAGUGCCUUCCCCCGCCCUGCCCGCGCCGUGUCCACACUGUCCACGCCUCUGUCUGGUUCUGGUUAUCACCGCACAUGAGCCAUAGCCCCGGCACAGUCUCGGCACGGCCCAAGGCACGGCGAGCAGGCAGAGGCACAGGCCGUUUCAUGUUCAGCGGGGCAGGACCAGGACCACAGUCCCCGGGACCAGGACCAGGAGGACCGUCGCUGCCGCAGUCGUCCGACAGAGGCGGCCAGGGGACUCCGAACGAGGCCCGACCCCAAACCCGCGCUGCCCGUGCAGGCUGCACCAGCUAGCCUGCGGGCCUGCGGGCCCUGGGGGGAAGCCAGGGACCGGGACCGCCUGCCAGGCAGUGGCUGUGGUUGUCUUGCCUGGGGCGGCCUGGGGCGGCCUGGGGCCACGGCGGGGUGAGGACCCCGCAGCCCUCGGUGGCGGCAUGGACAUGGAAUCCCUCAAGACGGACAGGCACAUCCUGGAGAACUCCAUGCUUGAAGAUGACCCCAAUGAGAACUCAGCAUUGAGUCAAGAGGAGAAAAAUUUGCCACGAUGGGGUCCAUACCACAAGGGAGCACAGGAAUUGGCCAAGCUCUACAGCACAGGAAAAAGACGACAAGAAACUCUUAGCAUUUAUAUGUGCCUUAUUUUGAUGGCUGCCAAUUUUUUUUUCAUUUUAAGACACUUUCAAAUGGAACGGUGGACCACGGUAGUAUUUGCAGCUCUAUGCGGUAUAAUAACGGCAGACUUUGCAUCUGGUCUAGUUCAUUGGGGAGCAGAUUCUUGGUGCUCUGUGGAUCUACCUAUCAUUGGAAAGAACUUUUUGCGACCAUUCAGAGAACACCAUAUUGACCCAACAUCCAUCACAAGGCAUGACUUUAUCGAAACAAAUGGUGACAAUUUUAUGCUUACUAUUCCUUGUCUUGCCAGAAUGCUUUGGGACUUUUUAACAAAGUCAAAUGAAGAAGUGCAAAACACUUUUUCAUGGACAUGUUACCUCUUCCUCUUGGCGGUAUUUGUAGCUAUGACAAACCAGAUACACAAGUGGUCACACACGUACUUUGGUUUACCAUGGUGGGUCAUAUGGCUGCAAGAUCACCAUAUAAUUUUGCCACGCCUCCAUCAUCGCAUUCACCAUGUUGCACCUCAUGAAACUUACUUCUGUAUCACAACUGGCUGGUUAAACUGGCCUCUAGAAAAACUAAACUUUUGGCCUUUCUUAGAGUGGUUAAUAACUACUCUUACUGGGUACAAACCAAGAACUGAUGACUUCAAAUGGGCACAAAAGAGAGCUUAAGGAGUAAAUUACAAGUCAAGGAAGUUUUUUGUUUUCAAAUAACACAUUGACAUAUUUUUUUAAUGCACAAGCUUUACAAAGCCAAAGAAUUUCCUUCCUUUUACAGUAAUACAUGGUUAAUUUUUUAAUAUUGUAGUUUUAUCUCCGGCUAUCGCUGUUUAAUGGAAUUCUUUGGAUUAACUCCAGAUAUUUUAUAUAUAUCAAAGUUGUGCUUCAUUUCAAUUUUGUGUUUAGCCAAAGAAAUUUAUUUUGUGAUCUCCUUACAUACAUGUUCUCUGAAUUAGAUAAUCACCAGAGUAUUGUACCUAUAUUUUUUGUAGGUGCAAAGUGAUAAUAUGUUUUCAACAAAAUUAAUUUUUGUGACCUAAGUUGUGAGCCUAAGGAUACAAUUUGCUCAACAACAUAACAAAUAUAAUGUUCAAGUCACUAUUUAAGAACCAGCUGAAAACAUAUGGUUUGAAGGUGUAUUUGUUGCUCUCUGCUGCCUGACUAUUUGAGCCGUCCUGCCUUAGCAUAGUGAAGCGUUGUGUGAAAUAGUCGUCUGUUCAGACAAAGUCUACAAUGCGGUUUUAUUGAUAAAUGGAAUUUAUUUCCGUUCCUUUUUUCCUUAUUUGCACGAAAAAUUUCUGAAAAUAAUUAUUUAUUUUGAGAACUAAUUGGUUAUAAAUAUUUCCAUGCCACUUUCUUACGCUCAUGUUGCUUCUGCUUUUGGUUUCAUUGUUUGUCCCAGGAACACUUAUCAAUCAUCCAAGGUGUGAGAUGGAGAGAGAGAGAGAGAGAGAGAGAGAGAGAUGUAGAGAGAGUGAGUGUGAGUGUGUGUCUUGCCAAAGCAAAGUACAUUGUCUUAAUAUAGCUUAAUAAGGAAUGCAUGACAAGAUACCCAUUAUUUUUUGAUAUUAAACUUUUUCUACAAGGUAUGUGGGUUGUUGAAAAGCUUGCAUCAUCAAUGAUUCUGUAUCUGACACAAUGUAGAUUCUUCCCUUCCGAAUUCCAUCAUCUGAUUUGGUUGUUCCUUCCCAAUUCCUUCCUAUUUAUCUAAAUGCUUAACAAAGGGAUGAGAGCAAAAGGUAGCUACUUAAGAACAAAUUUUCUCUAAAGAUGAGAAUAUUAAUUUUGAUCUCCUCGGUAAUGUAAGUUUUGUGUCAUGGUGAAAUUACUGCUAAUGAAGUGACAAUACCAACACAAAACCGUUUCUUUUUCCACAAGGACUUGAAUAAUUUUAGUAUGACCUAUCCUUCUCAUAGGCACAAGUUUUUUUUCUACUAAGUACUGAAAGGGACAGUUUGUACUUUCUCAACAGUCCAGAGAGAAGAUUAGGUCAUUUUUGUCAAAAAAAUCUCACGAAGAUGUCACAAAACACGUGAAAAUGGUACAGUGAGGCACUUUUAUCAUGAAACAAUGUUGUCUUUGAGAGUUUUUCGUUCUUCUCAGGGAGACGAACCUGCAUUGUGGGACCAAUACAGUGUGAUUAUUUCCUUUGUAGAGAAGCACCCGCAUUGAUGUAAUAAUCCAUCCAUUAAGCAAUUUUAAUAUUAAAUGUUUGUCUUUUCAGACCAAAAUUCUUAUAUUACUUUCUUUGUCAGGUUCCCUCAUGAAAGUGCAGCAAGCAAAGAGAAGAAAGAAUGCACUUAUGAUACGGGCAGGCCCUAAUAUGUGUUGUGUGUUAGAUGAUUUUUGUAGCCACAAGUGUUCUAUGACACCAGUCUUUGGCAAUGUAAUCAGUUGAUAUUUCGCCUUGAUGUUUAGUUAAUGGUGCUAGUAUGUAGCGUUUGUAGCACCAAUUUGCAUCUCACACAUAAAUUAUAAAUAGGAACACCUUUAAAAAGUGGUCAGUAAGAGGUAAAAAGUGCAUAUGUAUUACCUGAAAAUUCAUUGUAUGUAUUACUCUAAGCUGUGAUAAUUUUGGGCCAUAGGAAGGUGCACUCAUGUGCACAUUGUUGUUUGUUGUAUAAAAAAUACUUCUAUGCCCAGUUCCUUAAAAUUACUUACACUUUUUGUUUGUCCAUUUCUCUGUAUACAAAAAAAUCUUUUCAAUCCAAUAAGAAGUAUGCACUACUAAAAUGUAAAAAAAAUUGUAACUUGUCCUUCGAAAAAUUUUCAACAAAGAAAAUUAAGGUCUUUACCGGCAGCUCAAUUACAUUAAUUUUUUGCCCUAGUAAAUGUAGUUUGUUUGGAUUUUCAUGACCUAUCAUCCACUAUUUUCUACUAUGAAUUUUGAAAAUUUUAAUUCUUAUACAUAUUUUACUUACGAGUCUGUUCUCAACAAAAAUCAAAUUUGAAAAACCAUUCUUAUACCAAUUAGAUUGUGAUGAAAUCAAACCUUGGGUAAUUGAUCAAAGAUAUAAGUUUUAAAAUACCGCAUGUUAAAUGCUUCUGGCACAAUAUUUUGAGCUUCCUUUGCUGGUUUGCAAGAGUUUAUCUAAGCGAUAGAGGGUAAAUGUAUUUAGUUAUGUUAUGUUGUUAAACAAUAAGCUUUGAUACAAUUUGCUUUGAUUCCGUUUUUAAAAUAGUUCAUCAUGAUGAAGAAUAUAUACAAUAAAGUUUGAACACAGGAA